AUGAUGAUCGACGCCCACCAGCCCGCUCGAGGACCAACACGCGGAAACAAGCUACAGAGGAAUCCUCACAAGCUCAAUCUCCUAAUCUACCCCACGGGCAGAGCACCCGAGGGGAUCGACCCUUGGGAACCAAGGAAGAAGUUAGCAGGUCGCGCUAGAGGCACCAAAGACGUCGGCCCGAAACUCCAACCCUGCGGGCAGAGGAUGUCGAGAAGCUAG